AUGCCACAGCACAUUGCGAUAAUCGGCGCGGGUCCGUCAGGCCUCACUCUCGCAGCCCUGUUGCAAAGGCACGCAAUCCCCUUCACCAUCUUCGAGCGCGAGACCUCUUCCAGCUCGCGGUUUCAGGGUGGAUCCCUCGACCUUCACCCGGAAUCCGGUCAACGGGCCCUACGGGAAGCGGGCCUCUGGGACCAAUUUCAAAAGCACGCCCGUUACCACGACCAAGACUAUCGCUUCGGAGACAAGACCGCAGCAACUUGGCUCUACCACCAAGCAUCGUCAAACGCCGACGGCCGCCCGGAAAUUGACCGGUUCAUGCUGCGCAAGAUCCUAAUCGAAUCCUUGGACCCCAACAACAUCCGCUGGGACCGCUCUGUCUCAGAAAUCGUACCCCUGGCUGAUGGUCGCGUCAAGCUCUUGUUCCAGGGCCGAGAGACCCCAGAGUUCACCAACCUGGUGGUCGGGGCGGACGGAACGUGGUCCAAAGUCCGGCCGAUGCUGACCAGCUGGAGGCCUGAAUACACUGGCUUGACAGUUAUUGACUGCCGCAUUUCCAACAUUGAUGAGCGGUUUCCCGAGCUCAGUAAGUUUGUGGGCCGAGGAACUUUCUUCUGCCUUUCGGAGGGAAGCGGGAUCUUCAUCCAGCGCAACGGAGACGGUAGCGUACGCGUCUACCCUUGUCUCCGCGUGGAGGAGAAAUGGGCAUGGAGUAAUCCCUCCUUCGACUGGGGUGAUCACAAGAAGAUGACACAAUUUUUGAUUGAGACGUUCUUUGCGACGUGGGAUCCUCGUCUACAAGCUGUUGUCCGGAAUGUCGACGCGAGUAUGACGCCCCGUGCGCAGUAUCGCAUGCCCUCGGGACUGCGGUAUCCUCAUCGUCGCGGAAUGACGCUCAUCGGCGACGCUCUACAUGUGAUGUCCUGGUUUGCGGGUGAAGGCGCAAAUCUGGCGAUGUUGGAUGCCGUGGACCUCUGUGAAGCGAUUCUCGCGCAUCCCGGGGAUCUGGACCUGGCCGUGCGCAAUUACGAGGCGAAAGUGGUCGACUCCUGCCGGGCGGAUUUUACGAACGAGAUGUCGCAGGAGCUUCUUGUCAAAGCGAUGGCAGAUGAUGCUCCUGGAGCUUAUGUGGAGGCAAUGGCUGAGGCGAUGGAUGCUUGGUUCGCGGGGGGAAAAUUGCUGAAAAGAGUCGAAGACAACCGUUUGUAA